GUUUACUUUUCAACCAAAUGACAUCAUCCAGUGGAAGACGAGACAAGAAGUCACUCAGUUUAUCGUACACGCAGGCAGGCACACACAAGGGCAAGUGCAAGGGAAGAGGCAGGGAGACAUCUGAUCUAUACAACGAGAGGCUCACUCAUCUCACCGAGUCAGUCAGUCGAGCAGGCAGGCAGGCAGGCAGACACGCCACACGGACAAAAACGACAGCUUUCCAGAUACUCACUCACACGUACACGCCACAUCGAUCGACCACGGACCGACACCCCGAUUAAAACCAUACAUACACGGCCAGCCCCGCAACAAACAAAUAAACAAAUCAGCCAUCAAAUAAAUCAGUCAUCAUAUCCUGGGCGGCCGAUAGGAUCCCCUCUGCCCUCCCUGUGAGCUGCGCAUCGACCCCCACAUAUCGCCCGGCAGCUCAUUCAGGAAGGGCUCCUGCUCGAACGACGCGAUCAUGGCCUGCGGCUGCGGCGCCCGAUGGAACUCCUCGCCGUGCUCGCUGCCAUGCACAGAGUCGCUCGGCGGGGCGGUGGGGAACGUGUUGUCGAAAUUGGCGUAUUCCGACUGGGGGAUGACCACCAGCGGUCGUCGUGGGAUGCAGAGUGAGAAGGGGAAGGUCCUCGCCCAGAAGUAGUAGUUGGGCAGUGCGUCCAGACCCGUCGAGCCGUACACAUAGGUCUUGUACAGAGCUCCGAGGGCACAGUAAGACACAAAGAGGACGACCAAGAGAAUGAACGUCGUGACGAGCACGUGAAAGCCAGGGGCGGUGGGGCGGAGGAAGGGCGGGGCCCCGUGGUGGCCGAUGGUCGCUACUUGGUAUACCCGCGGAGGCACCGACCCUCGAUCGAAGCUGCGCACAGCAGACAGGCAUGCAUGCAGCACAUGGCUAUGAGAGUGCAUCCAGUGCACUUGCUGCUGUCCGCGUACUUCUCAUCAGUGACGUACACAUUGACGUCAUAUGCUUCCUUGAGCAGCAGGUCAGCGGGGAAGAACCCCACCACCUUCUCUGGACCCUUGUUGCCCCUGCCCUUGACCGUCCUGCCCCCCUUAGGCAGGUCGCUCUCCCUCGCAUUCAUCCACUGAGCCGACGCCACCUUUCGCCGCAGCGCCUCCUCCACACCACACACGCUGUACAGAUGGAUGCCGCUCUUGGACGCACUCUGGGGCGCAAAGAUGAGGUGGUGACGCAGAGACUUGGACGUCAUGGAUGCGGGCUUGAUGGCGAUAGGCACCACACGCGUGCCUCUGGCAGGGUCCAUGAAUGAGUAGGGGAAGAUCUCCAGCGAGAGGACGUCUGGCAGCUGAAUGAUGGAUGUGGGUGGGGGUGACGGGGCCGACGAGUCGUCGAGGGAGAAGGCGAUCUGGUAGAGGGCGGGGUGGUGGAAAUAGGACCGCCGAUGGCUGGAGGGCAGGAAACCCCGGCGGGUCUCCUGCGGCAUGUCUAUGUUCACCACCUCGGCGUACAGACGCUGCAUACACAGACACACUCGCAAAGCACGCAUCACCACCGCCUUCCCUCUUACCGCGAUCUGUGGCUCAUCCUGUAGCCCUCUCGUCUCGUUGCCCCUCUCCGACAGCGACCUCACAUAAUCCUCAUCGUGGGGGUAGGGAAUGGGCAGCUUCACGUCCCUAUUGGGCUGGCCGUUCAUCCACAGGGGUGGCGACGGGCUGUACCAGUUCAGCCCGCCACGUGUGGACGCGAGGGCCAGGCCGACCGAGCCGUAGCACUGUGUGACGGUGAUGUGUCCGAUGCCCUGUGAGGACGGCGGGGGCGGGUGUGAGGGGAGGGGCACACGCAGCUGGUAUGUGGUCGACUGCACGUCGAGGUAGGCGAUGUCGUGAGGGUCCUCGUUGGGCGGCAGCUGACCCUCCUUGACAGUGUCCACCUCUAGCCGCUGGGCACGGGUGCCUGACACAGAAGGAGGUCAUACGUGUUGCCGUGUGCAGCAGAUGUGAUCUAAUUGCGCAUGUCGAUGACGGACCAGCGUUGGCGGUGAUGGUGUAGUUGAGCUGAUGUGGUGUGUCCACUUGCAGGUACAGCCAGAAGGGCCCCUUGGCCCCACCGCCCUUGGCCUGCACCAGUCUCUCCACCGGUACGCUCAUCAGCAGAUCCCGCGGGCUCUCAGCAGCCGCCUCGCCCCUCACCAGAUCAACACGAUCAGACGACACCCCACCGCCCACAGUCACCUUGUCAAGCCCCCCGUUUGUCGCCGUCAAUUGAAUCUGCACAGCUGGCCCGGUUCCCCUGCUCUUUGCUGGCCGGUUUGCUGCGCGUUGGAUCAGUGAGGGUGGUAUCCAGAAGCGCAGGAGUCGUGACGAUGCGGGUGAGAGGAAGUCGGAGAAGGUCUGGCCGUCGACGAGUGUGAAGGGGUUGGCGAGCGCCGCUGUGAUGGCGUAGACGUUGCUGAUCCACUUGCCCACAAUCACCACAUAGAAGACACCUCCUUUCGGGGCGGCGGAGGGCGGGAUGUCAAUCAUGAUGGGCGAACUCAUUCCACCCCAUGCCUUGUAAUGACAUCGUGGGUCAUUUGGCUUGAUAGGGGAGAUCGUUGGGGCGGUGACGCCCUUGGACGGGUCGCCGCGCCAUAUGGGGUGCUCCGUCCGCCACAUGCACAGCUCCACGCUACCCGCCUGAACCAGACAAACAAGACACAUGACACUUGAGUGGCGACAGGACCUCUCAUCUGCCAUCCGUGUCGGCCGUGGCUGACCUCGACGUGUGUGCGUAGGGCCACUCCUCGUUCUGGCAUGGACUGCACCACAAGCUCGUAUACACGCUGGUCGUUCUCUGAAGGAGACACGCACACACAGCAAGAUAGAUGUCUCAAUGUGUCCGUCUGUGUGUGUGUUUGGCAUACAUACCUGUGACGGCCCCCUGGAGCGGCAGUCCGUCCCACAGCUGUGAUGUAGAGUGGCCCCAGUUGACCGUCACCAGAUAGGACGAGGACCCCCCAGCCGGCACACCGGUGCUGUCGGAGCUCGACUCGUCACACGUGAUGCCGAUGUACAGCCAACCUGAUAUGACAGACGUGAUUGAUUGACACACAGGCGAUAGAUACGGUACACAUGCUCCACUUAGGCACGGCACGUACCGAAUGAGAACGAGGGGCUGGUUGACGAGAUGACGAUUUGGUCGCCUCCCUCCAGCUCGCCCAUCCACGAGUGGUGGUGGGGGUCACGGUCGGGGUAGGGGGAACUCGCUGAAACAUGACAGAAAGACAGACACACACAGAUGUGGGAUGGAUGGACAUCAUGGCUUCAUGUGCUCGCAAUAUGAUGACUGACCGUUUGAGACGAAGACGUCAGGGUCGCCGCUGAUGGGUACGACACUGACCUGGAGCUGCACUGUCUCGUGUCUGUUGACGGGCUCCGGCACAUACACCUUGUACCGAUCGUAGUGGUGCGCACGGGUCUGGCCACUCACAGUCGCACCUUGCACACAACCCACAUCCAUCCGACAAGACCAAAACUGGUCCAUUGGCACACCCAUCCCCUUCUGCCUCUCCCCCUACCGUUUUGAAGUUCCACCACGGUGUCCUCAGCCCUCGCCGUGAUGGAGAACUUGUUCAUCGUCUCCUGGCGGCCGGGGGAGGCAGGCACCACCAUCACAUACAGGGUGGGAUUGUCGUCAGCUGGUGUGCUCCUCAGCGCGUCCUGGUAGACAGGGUGCGUGGCGUUGAGCACCAGCAUGCCGCCCGUGACGACCGGUGUGGUGAGGGAGCUGUCGGCGGGGAAGUCGCUGCGGGAUGACACUCGGUAGACCACGGCGCCCUCUGUGGACGUGACGGCGAAGAGGAUGUUGGGCCUGGCGCCGGCACUUGUUGCUGUGUGGUUGUCUGGUGCUGCUGGUAUGCGGUAGAGGAAUAUUUGUUUGCUGUCGGGGUGGUUGGCGACGGACUGGAUGGCGUUGCGGCCCUCCACCAGGUUCAUCCACGCAGCGGACGUCGUCACCGUCACCUGGAAACGGGCAUCCUGCAGCCAUACACACACACAGGCGGAGAGAAAGGUCGGAUGCACAACCCGUGUGUGUGCGUGUCUGUCUUUUUGUGGGCAUCGAUGCGGUGGCUCACCCACCUCUGUUGAGUUUUGUGCGGCGAAUGCGAAGAGUGUGAUGUAGAUGAAGCAUGGCGGGGUGAUGAGGUGCAUCAUGUCUGACGCCGCCGCAUGCUCAUCCACUGUGGUGGCCUGCAGCGACACACGCGACGCUGCAUUGGGCGUCUUCCACCUGUAACCAACAGCAACAAGACAAAACAAACCCCAAAUGCGACAGACAGCCGAGCGCUCUCCCCCCCUGUCCCGCCCACUCACGCAUAUUGUCUGGGGUCGCUGGAGUGGUACUCCGUGUCAGCGGCCAUGACGACCACCCCGUUGUACGACUCAGCGGCCAUCAUGACGUCGACCCCCCGGUGUGCCACAUAGAACUGGAAGUCCAGCCACUGUGAUGUGUCCUGGGCGUUGGUGCCCACGGGGAUGAGGCCCGUGUAGGGGUGUGCGUCCAGCAGCGUGAUGACGUUGGUGGCGCUAGUGGCGGUGAGGGUGAAGUAGGUCUGGCUGCGGUCGUUCCGCCGCGAGGUCAGGCCAACAAACAGCUGCCGGUCGCCCGUGUCAGGAAUCUCGUUGCCUGGUGGACGCAUACACACACGUGGUUGGUUAUUCAUUCUCUCUCUCUCUGGGUGGUCUGUCUCCACUUGCCAUUGAUGAGUAGGACAUUGCUGUCGUGUCCCAUGGCCUUGAGGCUGUCGAACUGGCAGUCGGCUGUGGUGGGCCCCGGUUUGUCGAAGGAUGCCACCAGGCGCACAUCGUCCAGACGGGACGUGACCGCUGUCACCGUCAGGCCGGUGCGGUUGUUCACCAACAAUCUGAAGUACUUGUAUUCGCUGUCCUUGGCUGUGAUGCGGCCGGCGGUGGGCACGCCCUGGGGCAGCCACAGAGAGGUGUCGCUGUCACGCCGGGCCAGCACCACCGACACAACGCCCUCCACCAAACUCGGAGAGGAACCAUCACCUGCACACGUCACACACAGACAGACAGGGCGAUGAAAGGGGCAUGGCAUGUGCGUGCGGACUGGCUGUGUGCUCACUUUUCAUGUUCAUGUCGACUUUGAUGCAUAUGGGUCUGACGGUCUUGUCGUCGAUGUCGACAGAGGGGAUCUUGUGCACCGUGGCGUGAUCCAGCUCGAGGAACUCCGCACCCUUGACGCUAGACUCAACCAGCACGCUGCCCUGGCAGUCCUGUGCGCCGAUGAGGCUGACGGAAGGGUCGCCUUCGAUGGGCGUCACGAUCACCUGAUAGCUGUUCAUGUCGUCCUUAGGCAAAUCAUACCUUCAUGAAUCAUGCAACACACACACAGCCACAACCAGUGAACCACUUACACGUCCACCACACGACACGUGUACCUGAAUGUGGUGGAAGCGAUCUUGGUGGCAGGGUCCUCGUCCAGCCGUGUCAGGUUGCGCAGGGAGGGGUAGUUGGGCCCAUACAGAUAAAAGGCGUCUGACGCGUCGCUCUUGGGGCCCACACCAGACACUUGCGCGGUGAUCAGAAAGUCACAGCCUGCAAUGCAUGUGGGACACACACACGAGCAGACAGACAUGCAACAGCAGUGAGUGCACCGACCAAUCCCCACCUGCCGACUGGCCUACCUUGUUCAGAGAAGGUGCGGACGCAGAGAAACAGCUGGUCCCCCUCCGGUUUGAGCUGCUCACGAUACAGCUGGAAGCCACCCGCUGGACCGGAGGCCUGCAGGACAGGAAGGAGAAACACACACAUAGUUCGUGUGCUAAUCUGCUGCAUCCCCAGGUCUGGUCUGCAUGGCAUGGAUGCAUCAACCAAACAGCACACGCCCGACGCACCUCCAGUGCCUCUUGCUUCUGAAAUCCGACUGUGAGGGCCGGGUCGCCACCCAGAGCUACAACCGACGCAGACACGGCCACUGAACACACACAACACAACACAGAACAACCAACCAGCUAGAUGGCCGGCCGAUGGGUCGCCGCCUGCCCAUAUAAUCCCCCUCACGUAAGUACCCUUGUAAGGCACAUGGUCGGGGAAUGCCUCCUUGAGGUCCAGGGUGAAGCAUUGGGUUGCAUACUGCGGCAGGUUCUCAUAGUAUUUGGGCACGCCAGCAAAGAUGGACACAUCCUCACCCCGAUACACACAGAGGGCGAGAGGCAAGAUCAGCAGCAACAGCGAUAGGACGCCAGCCAUCAUGGAAAAAGAUGAAUGCAUCGCCUCCGGUCCGCAGAAGGCCGCGGUGUAGCACUCGCGUCUCGACACUCAAGGAUGUGGACGGCACGGGCUGCUCGGGUGCACAAGCCUUCGUCAGACGAUGAGCUGGAGACAGUGUUGGCAGUCAAUACAUGCUUAGUGUCCCAUCAGGCCAUAAUGGCAGAGCUCUAUCACGGCCAAACGGGGAGGGGCGCGACGGGGAGAUCUGCACUCAAAAGCUCGCAGCGGUUUAGGGCGUGUUGCGUGUCCGGGUUGCAUGUUAGGGUGCCUGUUUCAUGUUGGACAGAC